AUGACGAACAAAGAGCAACAUCCAAUAUCUGUGGCAUUUGUAUGCUUAGGUAACAUCUGUCGCUCUCCAAUGGCUGAAGCAGUCUUUCAGAAUGUAGUGAGACAAAAAAAUUUGGAAGAUAGAUUUCACGUAAUAGACUCUUUUGGUACUGGAGGUUGGCAUUGCGGUGAGAACCCUGAUUCACGUAGCGCAGCAACGUGUAAAUUUCAUAAUGUUCCCAUAAAUCAUAAGGCUCAACAAAUUAAGGGUAAUCAUUUUGAUAAGUUCGAUUAUAUUAUCUGUAUGGAUGAAUCAAAUUUAAGAAAUUUGAAACGAUUACAACCAAAGGGUUCAAAAGCUAAGUUGUUCCUUUUUGGUAAUUGGAAUACAGAUGGGAAGUUUAAUAAGAUUGUUGAUGAUCCAUACUAUGGUGGUAAUGAAGGCUUUGAAUACAAUUUUAAGCAAAUUUCCUAUUUUAGUGAAGAAUUUUUAAAAAACGAAUUGUUGUAG